GUUUCCCGACAAAUCACGUUAUAAUAUGUUCCAUAAGAGAUUAGCACCUGGACAGCAGUUUCACGUGGGCUAACUGUGAUGAGCAAUUGAGGCUAACCUUCUGUUGGGUCGCUUGCAUAGACUUCACACCAUGGGACGUUCAAUUCUCCUAGGUCUUAAGGAAAUACAUUGUCAAACGGCCCUAGCGUCACCACCUUUGCCAAAGGCUGCUGUGGCCAUCUCCUCAGUACCGCAUCCGCUGCUGCGCCGCUCAGCUCGGUUACGCUCAACUCCCUUUGAGACAUGCAACGCGUCAAAUGAAAUAUCCAAUGCGGCUUCAGCUUGUCGACAGCAAUCACAGCGCAACAGUUGGGAUAGCGGUCGCGGUGCAUCCACUGAUGUAUGGUUGCAAUUCAACCCUACAGACCACGUCGCGGACCUUACAACCGAUGCCGACUUCAUAACUGAGGCCCAACGCUACGAGUGGCCAGGACUGCAAGCCUGGCGCGCCCGCGGCAUUGAUCGUCGCCUCCGCUGGGGCCCGGCCCCCACCUCCGGCCCCCUUCCUGCCGGCGCCCCCGAACUCGUCUUGGAGCAGGAAGCUCCCACCCUGGAGUCAGUCCUGCUACUGCAGCAACAGCAACAGCAACAGCAACAACAACAGCAGCAGCAGCAGUCACAGGUGCGGCAGCCGUACUGCCCUCAUACCCAGCAGCAGGACCUGCAUACCUCUCCGCUGCCUCCUCCUCUCCCUCCGCAGCAGCAGCCCCCUUAUCCUGCUCCUCCUCCUCCUCCUCCGCAGCAGCAGCAGCAGUCCCCCGCCGCGCCCCGCCUGCCGCCCGCCAGUUUGGUGGAUGCCGGGCUGCAGGUGCUGCUCACCGCGUGCCCCACCACCAAGGCGGCGCUCACACACGCGGCGUGGGCGGCGUACCUGCAGGGGCGGCUGCCACUGAGGAGCGGGGAGGGAGAGGGUCUGCGCGCGGAGGGAGAGCGGCGGGCGCAAGGAGGGGUGCAGGCGGAGGCGGGUGGUGGCGUGGAGGACAUAGAGCACCGCCAAUUGCAGCAGCAGCAGCAGCACGAGCAGCAGCAGCAGCAGGAUGUACGGCACCAGCAGCAGCAGGGGCAGUUGCGGCGGUAUGUGCUGCCGGAGCGGCCAGCCCGGCCGGAGCGGCCCCGCCUGGUGCGACCCAAGGAGAUCCCCGGCCACGCAGCCUCGCCUCUGGGCCUCGGCGGAUACAUGCUCCACAACCUGGCCCACAUUGAGCUGAACGCCAUCGACCUGGCAUGGGACACGGUGGUGCGCUUCUCGCACCUGGGGCUGCCCCGCCAGUUCUAUGAGGACUUCGCCCGGGUUGCUGACGACGAGGCGCGGCACCUGUGCUGGUGCCUGCAGCGGCUGGGCGAGCUGGGGGCGGCGUACGGGGACAUGGACGCGCACGACCUGCUGUGGCAGGGGUGCGCCGCGUCGGCUGGGGAUGUGCUGGCAAGGCUGGCGGUG